CUCAUACGCGAUGGGCGAUAAAUAGGCAUUAAAUCGUGGGUGCGGUCAGUCGGGCAAUUGUCAGUGUCAGUGAGAAAAAUUUUCACGCUAUUUUUCAGGCUGUAGGAUUGCUGUGGCAGAAUGUUCCGAUCGGUGGCGUCUCAGCUCGUGAAAGUGGCUCGUGGCUCCAUGGGGCUCACGGUGCCCCGCUUGGGAGCCGUUGCGGCUGUCCGUCAGAGCCACGGAGGCCCCGUGGAGACAGAUGAGGAGUUCGAUGCUCGCUAUGAGGCCUACUUCAACCGGCCCGACAUUGAUGGCUGGGAAGUCCGGAAGGGAAUGAAUGACAUUCUGGGUAUGGAUCUGGUGCCGGAGCCCAAGAUCAUCAUUGCCGGUCUGAAGGCGUGCAGGCGCGUGAAUGACUACGCGCUGGCCAUCAGGUGGCUGGAGGGUGUGAUCGACAAGUGCGGCCCGAAGAAGGCUGAGAUCUAUCCGUAUCUCCUGUCCGAGAUUCGGCCCACUCUCGACCAGCUGGGCGUGAACACGCCCGAGGAGCUGGGCUACGACACCCCCGAGUUGGCCCUCAAGACCGUCUGGGAGGAUUAGAGAUUUGUUAUGUAAUCAUCAGCUCGUGAGUGAGGUUAUGCGUAGCCAGUUCCAGCCAUCAGCGUAAAAUGUAUUUAAAACUGGGUAAUUCACCAAAAAUAAAUGGUCAAAAUUAGGCAAUCCA